AAAACACCAGUGAUUGCAGAUGUGGGAAACUCGGCAGGGUACUGGGGGGUGAGAAGUAGGGACGGGGCAGGGAGGGAGCUGAACUAACUUCAGGCUGGGCCAAUGGGCCAUGGUAAUUAGAUCUGGCCAAUGUGGGCCCUGGGCUUCAGCCAGGGGACAUAUAAGGGGGGCCUGGGGCAACAGACCCCUCAUAUCACUCAGAAGUCUCCUCUCUUUCAUCCAGCACCUCCUUCCUUCCCUUUUGGCCAUCUUGCCAUCCACUUCUUCUCCCAGCCAUGGAUGUUUUUUCUCCAUCCCAGGCCUUCUACGACAGAGCUUGUGCUUUGUCCCCAGACGACCUGGAGUUCGGCUCCAGCCUAGAGCUCACCGGCUCUGAGGAGGACGAGCACGUCAGGGUUCCCGGAGCCCCCCACCAGCCGGGACACUGCCUCCAGUGGGCCUGCAAGGCCUGCAAGCGCAAAUCCAGCUUUGUGGACCGCAGACGGGCGGCCACCAUGCGGGAGCGCCGGCGGCUCAAAAAGGUCAACCACGCCUUUGAAGCACUGAGGCGCUGCACCUCGGCCAACCCAAGCCAGCGCCUUCCCAAGGUGGAGAUCCUGCGCAACGCCAUCCAGUACAUCGAAAGCCUGCAGGAGCUGCUGCGGGAGCAGGUGGAGAACUUUUACGGCCUGCCUGGAGAGAGCAGCUCUGAGCCUGGAAGUCCUCUGUCGAGCUGCUCCGAUGGCAUGGCAGGAGGCAGCAGUCCGGUGUGGCAACAGCUGAAUGCAAACUACAGCAGCAGCUAUUCUUAUACAAAGAAUGAGAGUUUGGACAACAAGACAGCCGGCGCCUCCAGCCUGGAGUGCCUGUCGAGCAUUGUUGACCGCCUGUCCUCCGUGGAGUCCAGCGGUGGACCGGCUGCCCUGAGGGACGCCGCAACCUUCUCCCCCAGCAGCUCCGACUCUCAGCCCUGCACUCCUGAGAACUCUGGAUCCAGACCCGUCUACCACGUCCUGUGAAAAACGGUUCUCUCUGAGGAGAAAAUAUGACCAUGCCAGUCGGGAAGAACUUAUUCUGCGUGAGAACGACUCGCCGGAUGUGCGGCAACCUUCAAUAAAUGCACAAGAACUGUAAAUAUGUAAAAUAUGUUCCAUUUAUGCUGUUAUACCCACUGACGCAUAUUUAAUGUAACAGUACAUUAUUCAGAAAUGUCAUAUUUAAGCCGUUUUGUUGCUCUUUACAUGUCAUGUCAUCAUUAAAUUUCGUUUUUUUAAUACAAA